GCAAAGUAUGGCAGGCAGGAGCGGGAGGUACCUCUUCAAUGUACCGGUACCUUCCCUCGGAAGUGGAGUAAGGUUUAGCGUCUUUCAAGGAUAUCGUUCCUCUCCAAAUCUCCACUUUACCUUGAAUUAGGUUGAUCGUCUUGCAUGGCUUGAGCUCUCUCUUGUUUCCCCUGGUCAUUGCCUACGAAAUGUCUCAGAAACGGUCGAGUCCUUCUUACGAGGAGCGAUAUUAAACCAUGGCGGGUGAAAUUGGAAGGUAGAAGUGAGCCUAUGGGGUGUAAGGGAGAGAGAGUAAUCCAUGCGCUUUGAUGAGGCGGCACGGGAAGCAUGGAUCGUGGCUGCGACUUCCCCAGUCCUUUUGCUGUUACUGUUGCCUCUUCCCAAAUCUCAUUCUCAUUGCAUGCGUCGUUCUUUCCCACGAAACAAGGGGUGUGCAUAACCGCGACAUCGAUAUUGAAUCUAUCGAAUCGGAAGCUUGUUGUCCCUUCCUUCCCUUCGCCUUGUCCUGGUCGUAUGUCGGUGAUGGACUCCGCUCCGCCAUCUGAAUCUUUCGACCUACCCCAAUCAUCCAUGUUCCUCCGUAUCGCGGCUCUUGGCACUUCGGACCCUCUCCACUGCAGUUCUACGCUUGAGAGCUUCCAACUUGUUGGUGAUCGGCGACAUACAGGAAACUAGGGGCCUGCCCAGCAGCCUAGUCAAACCCGGGGCCUCACUAGAACCACGAGUCGAACGAAUCCAUCCUUUCCACUAUGGCGGCCGUCUUCGCCUCUUGCGCACCGACUCUAAUGAGACCCCGGGUCGUCUUCUCCCUCGUCCAACUUAUAUUUAAGAAGACUCGUUUCCCUCGUCGAUGACCGUUGAUUCCGUCCAUCACCGUUUCUUCUUCUUCCAAAAGACCAAGGUCACUUGACCUUUCUUAUCAUUCCUUAAUCCCUGACUCUACAAGAGUUACCCACAGGGGAAACGUCAAGAUGGAAUCAAAGAGUUCCAGCGACAACCCGACAAAUGUGUCCCAAGAGAAGGGCACCACCGUCACUGAGCACCCUGGCGAUGUCCAGACUGGUGGCGGCUUCGCUUUCCAGGAGGAGAGCUACUGGACUCGAAAUGGUCUCACUCUCGAGUCCUUCCAGCGCCGCAAGUACACUGGUGACAAUGAGCUUGAUCGUCGUAUGAAGCCUCGCCAUCUUCAGAUGAUCGCCAUUGGUGGUUCUAUUGGUGCUGGUUUCUUCGUCGGUUCAGGAAAGGCCCUCUACACUGGCGGUCCUGGAUCUGUUCUCAUUGACUUCAUCAUUAUCGGUGCUAUGAUCUUCAACGUUGGUAUGUUACACUUACUUCGCUCCACACUCCCAACAAAAAGACUAACAUCUGUCUAAUAGUCUUCGCUCUCGGUGAACUUGCCGUCAUGUAUCCCGUGUCCGGUGGUUUCUAUAUCUACUCGUCUCGCUUUAUCGAUCCUUCUUGGGGUUUUGCCAUGGGUUGGAACUAUGUCGCACAAUGGGCUACCGUUUUACCACUCGAACUGACAAUCUGUGCUGUCUGUAUUGAAUAUUGGAACGAUGAGCUCUCGCCUGGAAUUUUCAUUGCAAUCUUCUUGGUUGCCAUCAUCCUCAUCAAUAUCUUUGGUGGUAUUGGAUACGCCGAGGAAGAGUUUUGGUCAUCUUGCCUCAAGCUCGGAGCUACUGUUGCUUUUAUGUUCAUCUCUCUUGUCCUCGUCUGUGGUGGCGGUCCUUCCAACGGUCGAUACAACGAGUACUGGGGCACACGCUACUGGAGAGAGGACCCCGGUGCCUUCAAGAACGGUUUCAAGGGAUUCUGCUCUGUCUUCGUUACUGCUGCUUUCUCUUUUGCCGGUACUGAGCUUGUUGGUCUCGCCGCUGCUGAGUCUGAGAACCCCACCAAGGCUCUCCCUGGUGCUAUCAAGCAGGUUUUCUGGCGUAUUACCCUCUUCUUCGUUCUUGGUCUCUUCUUCAUCGGCCUUCUUAUCAAGUCCACUGAUGACCGACUCAACAUUUCCGGUUACUCCAACGCCAAGGCCUCGCCUUUCGUGCUUGUCGGCGAGUACUCCGGUCUUACUGGUCUCGCCCACUUCAUGAACGUCAUUAUCCUUGUCUCCGUUCUUUCUCUUGGUGUGUCUUGCGUUUACGGUGGCUCCCGUACCCUGACUGCCAUGGCUCAGAACGGAUAUGCUCCCAAGAUGUUCGCCUACAUCGAUCGUGGUGGCCGCCCCCUUGUUUCCGUCGCUGUCCACAUUCUCAUGGGUUUCAUCGCUUUCGUCAACCUUGAUCCCAAGGGUGGAGAGAUCUUUGACUGGCUCCUGGCUCUUUCUGGUCUCUCGACUCUUUUCACUUGGGGUUCUAUCUGCCUUGCCCACAUUCGCUUCCGCAAGGCUUGGGCCCGACAAGGCCACACUCUGGAUGAGAUUCCUUUCAGGGCCGCCUUUGGUGUCGUCGGCUCUUGGAUCAGUCUCGGCCUCAUCUGCCUCGUCCUUAUUGCUCAGGUAAGUCAUCGUAUUUCGCGUUCAAACAACCAUGAUGCUAACAAAGACAAUAGUUCUAUGUUGCUAUUACUGCUCCUCCUGGUGAAUCUGGUAUGGGAACUGUCGAGGGAUUCUUCAUCUCAUACCUCGCUUUGCCUGUUGUCCUUGUCUUCUGGGCUAUUGGUUACUUGUGGAAGCGCGAGGGUUGGCUCUCAAUCGACAAGAUCGAUGUUGACACUGGUCGACGUGAGCACAACUGGGACGAGAUCAACGCCUACCGUGCCAAGGUUGCCACUUGGCCCGCUUGGCGACGCUUCCUCAACAAGAUCAUGUAAAGCUGUGGUCUUGUUCUGAAGUUUGUUUCUAUCAUUUGCACAUUAGAGACGCCUUGACUUGAAGCAUAUAUCAUAGAACCAAUCUCCUGUAUACCUUUUAUCGUUAGAUACCAUAAUAGCAUGAUAUUGUGCCAAACCGAACAUCUUUUGUGCUGUAUAACUGUUACUUGGUGGCGUGGUGAAUGAGUCCAAUGGGUACAUCGUGCUGUAAAUUUACUCAAGAGCGUCCCUGUCCUUGGCCUUAGCCAGGAUGUUGUGCCAAGAAGCCAGAAUUGUUGGUGAGAAAGCAACAAUACGUUCAUCAUGGCUGUGGCAAAGGCCAGUUUGG